AUGUCUAUCGGAGUGAACUUACGCGUGACGGGUCACACGUCCAUCGGUGGCCGCAAGUACCAGGAGGACUACUUCUCCGUCGCCUACCAGCAAACGGAGAAUGACCAAAACCUGGAGUACGCUUUCUUCGGAAUCUAUGAUGGGCACGGCGGGGCGGAGGCGUCCCUGUUCGCCAAGGAGCACCUCAUGAAUACCAUCGUGAGCCAGAAGCAGUUCUGGUCGGAGAACGACGAAGAUGUGUUAAAAUCGAUACGUGAAGGUUACAUCCAGACCCACUAUUCGAUGUGGCGUGAGCAAGACAAAUGGCCAAAAACAUCAUCCGGACUACCGAGUACCGCUGGUACGACGGCCAGCAUAGCGUUUAUAAGGCGUGGAAAAAUAUACAUCGGUCACGUUGGCGACUCUGGCAUAGUGCUCGGCUACCAGAAGGAUAAGGAGUCGCCCCACGAGGACGAUGGACGGUGGGUAGCGAGCCCACUUACCGAGGACCACAAACCGGAAAGUUACGCCGAGAAGAUGCGUAUCAUGAGCUGCGGUGGCAAGGUGGUCACGAAAUCCGGUGUACCACGGGUGGUAUGGAACAGACCGCGGAUAGGCCAUAAGGGUCCGGUGCGACGGAGUACACCGAUCGACGAGAUACCGUUCUUGGCCGUGGCGCGAAGUUUAGGUGAUUUGUGGAGCUACAACUCCGCAGUGGAUGAGUUCAUUGUAAGCCCUAUGCCAGAUGUGUCGGUCAUUGAAAUUGACCCGAAGAAAUUUCGGUGUCUCAUUUUCGGUACUGACGGUCUGUGGAAUGUGAUUUCACCAAAGAGUGCGGUGGAGAUUGUGCGUAACACCGAGAUGGAAAACAUUCGCAUCGCCCUGGAAGGUGGCAGUGAGUGGAAAAAUCCAAGCAAGCUGCUAGUAAAUGAAGCCCUAGAACGGUGGAGUCGUAGCAACAUGAAAGCGGAUAACACAUCGGUUGUUAUUAUCAUGCUCGAUCCACCGGGUCCACCGAAGAGGGACGUUUUAAAAUCAGUGAAAGACUCUAUACAGUACGCUUCACCCGAGUGGCGCAGUGCUUCUGGAGCACCGGGAAGUGAUAUGUUUGAUCUGUUCGAUUGCAUCACGAGAGGAGAGGCCGUCCCUGUUCUUUCGCAGAUGGCACAGCGCGCUGAACCAUCAGAUACGCCAAGCAUGCGCUAUCUUCACCAUCACCACAAUCACCAUCAUCAGCAGCAGCAUUACCAGCAACAUCGGAACUACCAUGAACCACCACAGCAAUCGAUGCAUCAAGAGCAAUAUGCAGGCGAUCAUCCGCAACAGGACCACCAACACCUCGAUCACCAUCAUCAUCCGGAACAGUAUUGCCAUCCGGGUGCCUCUACCUCAUACGACCACGAUCUUGCCUACAGGGACACGAGUUUUGCUGAAUCGUACAACUCUCUAUUGGACCGAAGCUUCGAAAAUACCGACCACUCGUACACGAGCAUGUUCCAUCACGCCGCGGACGAGGAAGGGGCGUCCACCUCGGCGUAUCAAAACAGGGCAACGCGCGUCGAGCCAGGCCUCGAAACGCACACCGAUGAUACAGACGAGGAAGCACUCAUUGACUACCAGCCGGAAAGUGACGACGAAACGAGUGGUGGUGGAUUGGUGCGACAGGAUUCAACGUACUCCCUCACCAAUCUGCAAACCAAAUCGGAACGUUUACAUGCGGCCAUGGUGGAAUCGGAGCGCUCGCAGCCACACCCUUACUACCACCAUCAUCCACAGCAUCGACGCGAGGAGGAGGAGGGAUGCUACAGUGGUGGAAAUUUGGCCAUUAUUGAGCACUUUCACAACUAUCAUCAUCCGCUUCCGCAUCAUUACGGCAGCGGCGCAUCAUCGAGAUCAUUGCAUACGGAGGAUGCACACCAUCAGUACCAUCAAGGGAUGUACCAAGGUUUGGAUACGACGCACCAGUAUCAACAUCAUCAUCAGGACGUUGGAGGUCAUUAUGAUCAGCAUCAUUUCCAUCAUGCCUCGUCGUCGUAUCAAAUGGAACGGUAUGAUUAUAGGCACCCUACCAACAACAAUCUGCUUGCAUGUGAACCAAGUUGCAGUACCGGUACUGGUUCGAAACUGAAAUCUGAUAGCGAAUUUGCGUAUGCAAAUGUGUACAAUGAAGAGGGUACGUUGCAACAACCCGCGGAGGAAAUUGGCAUGGAAGAGGAGAACGAGGAAGCGAUAGAAGAACUUGUAGAAUCCCCCGAUGUGCAUCGUAUACAGAUCAAUGAAAUAUCUUCUUCGUACGCCGGUACGCAAACAAACGCCUCUCCAGGAUUGCUUUUGCCCUCUGGUAGUGACGGACACGGUAGUGGAUGUGCCAGUGGUGACGAGGAGAACAGUGCAUCCAGCACAACCCAACAGGUUCUCGUUGUGCCGUCGUUUGAGAAUAAACCAAGAACGAUGAAAAAAUCUGCCCCAUCCCCGCGUGUGAUAACGAUCUUCUACGAAACACGCAGCAGCCGCCGUAAGCCCAGAAUUCGCAAUGCAACGUCGGGACUGACGCCGUCAAAAACCCGGUCACUUUUAGGUGUCGCAUCGUUCAACCGGAUUGCCACUAAAAGACGCAAAACGUCCACGGCAACCGUGGUACAGACGACAAUACCGAGCGGGGUUCCUUCAACGCCACCGAACCCUACAUUAACAAUAGAACGAAGAAUUCUAAGGUCGAAUGGUAUGAAUACGAGGACCCGAUCUUAUUCGAACCAACCCAACCCGCGCGUUCACGCGGAUCAUCAGCCCAAGUUUGUGUUGAACAACAAUUUUGGCGUCAGUUCAACAACCCUCGAGCGAAUCCCGGCUACGCAUCAGAGUACGGAAACCAACCCAUUGCGGCACAACUCUCCUCCAGUCUGCAGACACCGGAAACGGGAUACCAUCGUGGCCACACUGGUCCGAACAAGUGAGGUCGUGGAGAAACGCAAACAGACUCCCAAGCCAGCGAUCCAGCAACGCACGAUGCUUCUUCGCCGGACAACACAAUGACCGUAGGGAGUAACGAGAACCGCUUAGAAGGGACGCUCCGGAGGACGCUGAGCAUCAACAAGAUGAAGCAGGGCUGUGAAAAAUCGCAAUUCAUUUCAUUUUACUAUUUCUCAGUACAUCGUUUCAUCUACUACCCUACACAUCCCUUCAACGCUAUCAUUUUCAGCCUACUUUAAUCGUAACUCUCCACAGCUCGUUGGUGAUGGUUACUUUGAUAUAAAAUGAUAGUGAUUGUUUUCAUCCUAAUUUAAGCACGUGUGCAAUAACGCGAAAAUCAUACACCACAUCGCAAUUUAAACGCUAAAUUACUUAAAAGAAAAUUUGACCAUUUAAAAAAAUAUUUUUUCCAACAACUUCGAGGGAUCAUUUCUAUCCUCCAGUUGCGUGUGCAUAUGUUGGAAGGAAAAAUGUAACUUUCUUUAUUUCUAAUGAGAAUUUCAACUAAUUUUAUAGCACAAUUUAUUUUAUUGCAUAACACAACUUUUUCGAACGAUGUUUUGUACGAUAUUCUUGAUUAUUAUGAUAAUAAGUUAGGCGUUGUUCUCUCAACUGGUUUAAAAAUUAAUAAGCUUACCAACAAUCACGUACCUAUGUAUCGGGGUAGUAAUCGUGGUAUCCUUAACCUUUUUUCCAGUCGGCCACGCGCUGCAGGAAGGGCCUUAACCGAACAGGGGUUUUCCUUGUUCCGUCGGCGAAAGAGUACAACAUGUUAACAAGACAAGAGUAUAAUCUAAUUGAAUGAUUUCUAAAGACCAAGGUUUGAAGUACGGUUGUAGAUAAUUUAUUUUUCCACCAAAACAACUUUUUCUUUAAAGUGCCUAUCUAUUGUGGUAACGAUAUCGUUGAAAAAAUGAGUGCAACUUGUGCUUAUUCUUGCAACCGAUCAACUUUGGUACAUCGCGAUGAAUGUAAAACUUCUUAUCAAAAGUGUGUGUGUGUGUGUGUGUGUGUGUGUGUUUAUUUCAUUCUAUAAAUGCUUUUUCAAACCUUACGCGACAUCAAAAUAGGAUUAGUUUUGUUAUUUCUAUAGAUGCGAUUAAAUUAAAAUUUAAGAAACUAUUCUUUCAUGUUUCAACAGUCUUAUACAUUCUACCCCCCCAAGAUAGAGAGUAGAUAGCAUUUUUUUUUGCUAUACAAAGUAUUUAGUGAAUUGUAGAACCAAACAGCUAUUUACGUGUACCCGCUUCAUGUUACAAGAAAAUACAACAAAGUAAUGUUAUAGGUGUAUAUCGAUGGACGGGCACAAGAAGUUUUUGCCUAAGAUGGCAGGAGAAAGCGAUACGCUGUAUAGAAGGAUUCGUGCAAAGAUGGUAAUAUAAGUGUUUUUUUGUUUUUUAAUAAGAAAAUAAAUAUUUUGAAAUA